GAAACGCGAGACGAGCCGGGGGGUGGGAGCAGAGACAGCGGCUGUUCAGCAGACACUCGCCCGGACUAGCAGCGCGAUCAGCAGCCGGCGCACCCUGACAGCUCCCGGAGGAUGUACGGCGCUACCGUCUGAUGGCAGCCGCUCGAGCCGCAUCUUUGAAACACGACCGCACGUUGGGAGUAAUGAGAGCGGACGAGUGAAGGAGGCAAGUGUCCCAGUAGAGCAUUGGCAGUUAAGUGGGAGGCCGGGCAAGGAUGCUGGAGGCAGAUGCAGACCCAGCAGGAGCAGCAGUGGAGUUAGAAGGGGAGGCAGAGAUGGGGAGCGGAGACUUGAAGACGGAGGUGGUGCGGCUGUCUCUGGAGCUCGAGGAGGCCACGGAGGAGAAGCUACAGGCCGCCCGCUACGGCCUGGUGGUGCUGGAGGAAAGUGCUGCUCUCAAGACCAAACACAGGCAACUGGAGGAGGAGCAUGAAGCCCUCAAAGGGGAGCUGCAGCAGCUCAAAGAGGCAUUUUUAGAUUCUGUCAGCCACCAGAAGCGUGCAGCGGCUGAUGGAGAGUGCCGGGAGGAGAAUCUUCUGCAGGAGACUGCCACGAAGGAGGCUGCCUUGGCAACCCGCAUAGAGGAAGUGCAGGCCGAGCUCAAGCAGUCACGCCUUGCUCUGGGCAAUGCACAUGCAGAGAUCGAUAGAUUGGGGGUAGUCUCCAACCAGUUAAAGAAGGAGUGUGAGUGUCUGGAGGCGGAGAAGGGCCACCUGAGGGACGAGAUGAAGGAAUACAAAGUACGUGAGAUGCGCCAGUUGCAGGACAAUGGCGAGCUUGAAGAAGAAAACACAUCUCUGCAAAAACAGGUGUCUGUGCUGAAAGAAAACCAGGUGGAGUUUGAAUCGAUAAAGCUUGAGCUGACCCAGAAGAACGAGGAGCAGGAUGAGUUGAGAGCUCAGCUGGAGGAGGCAGGGAGGCUGAGGGAGAUCGCAGAGAUGCAGCUGGAUGAGGCUCUGGAAGCCCUGAAGGAGGAGAGGGAGCAGAAGAACAGUCUGCGGCGGGAGCUCUCCUCCCUGACCCUUCACCCCUUCGAUGCUGUGGGGAACCUGGAGCUCCACUUGGACCAGCUGGAUGACAGCCAGGAGCGGGGCCAGGGGGGAGAGGGAGAGGGAGAGGACCAGGACAGCGGCUAUAACAAUGGUCCUGGAUCUGCUCCCAAUUCUGCUCACCCUCCUCACUUGGGGGGCUCCAAAAGUAACGGCCUCAUCCACUGCUGCUCUACUCCGCGCACCAGUGAUGUGUUCCUGCGUGCUCCAGCUUCUGGGCUGGUGUCGGAUCUACUGAGUGAGCUGCACUUCUCAGACAGUCAGAAACUGAAACAGCAACUCCUACAGGCUGAACGAGAGAAGUCCGGCCUGUCCAGCAAAGUGGAGGAGCUGCAGAUGCAGCUGGUAAUGUCCCGGCAAGCGCUGAGUCAGCAAGUGGACAAGGUUGGCUCCCUCACCCAGCAGCUGGAGGCCGUGCAGAGCAGCCAGCAGAACCACCAGGAGGCAGAAGACGGGGGAGAGGGGGAAGCAGAGAUUGAUGAAGGUGGCGAUGGUGUCUUUGACUAUGAGGUAGACACCAAGAGCAAGGAGGUGCUGGAGGCCCGCAUGCGUUCAGCCAGCGAAGAGCUUCUGAAGGUGCGAGAUGAACUGACUCAGGCAGGAACUCGUUAUAACACUCUAGAGCAGCGAUACAAGCAUGAGAAGGAUCGCUGGCGGGGAGAGGCCCAGGAGCUGGCUGACAAGAUCCGUCAAUGCAUCAAGUCUAGUAAACAGGACCAGGAUCGCAUCAGUGAGCUAGAGAAGGAGAUCGGAGCCACACGGAAAGUGGCGAUCGAUUCCGAAGGGCAUUUAACCGUUGCCCAGGAAGAGCUGCUGGCGUUCUCUGAGGAGCUGUCCAACCUCUAUCACCACAUCUGUGUCUGCAACAACCUGACACCCAAGCGAGUCACCCUGGACUAUUACCGUGACGGUGCCAGGGCGAGUGGUUCAGCGAGUAAUGCAAGAAGAGCACACCAAUUAUACCUGCAGCAGAAUGCCCAGAAGAAGACUCGGCCCAAUGAGAUGUUCGUCUCCAAAGCUGCAGCACUGCAGUUCAUGGGAGAGGUGGACAGUGCAGGAGCCAGUGGAGACUCUCCUAACUGCCCUGGGUCGCCCACCCUGGAUUUCAGGGACCCAUCUAACGUUCGCAACUUGGUAGCGGUCAUCCGUUGUCAGAUCAAACACCUCCGGGUGGCGGUUGACCUCUGUCGUCAGAGGGGUGCGAUGCCUUACUCGGGGCUCAGCAUCAGUGGAGAGUCGGAGCGGGAUGCCGAGAGCCUCUUGGAGGAAGUUCUUAAACUCAAGUCCCUUCUCAGCACCAAGAGGGAACAGAUAGCUACGCUCAGGACGGUGCUCAAGGCUAACAAACAGACUGCAGAGUUGGCCCUGUCCAACCUGAAAACCAAGUAUGAGACAGAGAAGAGCAUGGUGUCCGAGACGAUGAUGAAGCUGCGGAAUGAGCUCAAAGCCCUGAAGGAGGACGCCGCCACCUUCUCUUCCCUCCGAGUCAUGUUCGCCAGUCGGUGUGACCAGUAUGUCACUCAGCUGGAUGAGAUGCAGAGGCAGCUGGCAGCGGCUGAGGAUGAGAAGAAGACACUGAAUUCCCUCCUGCGCAUGGCCAUCCAGCAGAAGUUGGCUCUCACUCAGCGACUGGAGGAUCUGGAGACCCCUCUGUCUCCCCACAGCUUGAACAGCAGCCCUCGCCGCUCCCGAGCCAAAGAACUGGCCACCAAGUCAGGCAGGUCCUCUCGGAGUCCCCGGAGCAGUCCCGCACGGCCGCAACUGAGGAGCAGUCCGAGGGCAAGCCCGGUUCUCGGCAGCAGCGUUCCUGCCAUGGCCACACACCACCUGCGAGCUCUAACCCGAAGCCUCCACACAAGCCCUCGCUGAAACACUCCUUCCAUUACCCCAACCCCCCUCUUCUCCAUAAGGACCUGUCUUCAUGUUGACUCCCCGGCUCCUUCCUCCUUUCCUGACUCAAGACAUCCUGUUCAUCCCAGAUACGAUGCUACAUUCCCCACUCUACCCUCCAGAACCAUGGAUUAAAAACAAAAAAAAAGCUAAAAACAAAAGUUUAGAAAAAUAAGAUCUCUCAUCCGGCCCUCCUGGUCUUCUCUGCUGGGGAGUGGAGAGACCUGCAUGCAGCCCGGAGAAGGAUGAAGAGACAAAUGUGCUGCUCAUUGCUCUGUGAAGUCAUUGACUGUGUCUUGUCCGAAGUUCUAACUUCCAAUCUGGUCUUGUUCAAGGCUGUGUGUCGUGGUCAACCGCUGACCACUAUCUAUUCCAGAAUGAGACUAUUCACAAUCAGUAUUACUGUCCUCAGCCUUUGAAUCAAGGCUAUGAUCUGUUUUAUGUCCUUACCCUUCUUGCCUUUAGUCUGGCAUCCUGGUCAGGUCUGUCUGGCGUCGUUUAGUGUGUGUAAGCCUUAGAUCAUCUGUGAAAGGUCUCCCAGGUAGUGGUUUUAAUAGAGCAGCUUAGCCUUACUAAAAUGAUUUCUAUCCUAAAAGUAGAGAGUUUGACAUAGUCUCGAGUUUUCUCCCUCUUGCUGGUGGUACAAUUACAUGCCGCUAUUUUGAAUCCGGCUUCAGCCACACCCCUUAACUAAAGGUCAGUAAACAUACGUUUCAUUGAUUUGAAAUGGGUCAGCCAAUACGCUCACCACCUCAGGUCAAACAGUGAUCAGACACUCGAUUGGAGAGAUCUUUAACGUGCAUUUUACUUUGCAAACUAUGCAGACCAAGUCAGGACAGUGCCUGUAUACUCCUGCUGUUCUUGAGGAUCAGGGUGGUCUUUGGAACUUACCCUCACUUUGAGUUAAUAGUGGCUGACUUUACAACAGCCAUAUAGCAUCUCUCAUUACAAUCAGCUUCGUGAAUCCAUCUGGGAGUGCAUAGUGGCCCAAAUGCAAGCAUCUUAUUGGCUGGUAAUGUCCUCUUCUCUGGGUGUUGAGCUGUGGUUGUUUAAAAACACUUUUCACAAAUCAAUUCAACUGGUCUGUUGGGCCACGUUCAUUUCUCACGAUUGCAAAAGUCACAACAGUUUCCCAUUCUGCUUCUGCUUUUUGUCACUCCGGCUUAGCAGCGAUCGCCAUGUUUUGUGUUUCAUCACUUAACAUCCCAACGCUCAUGUGUGCUACCAAAGUAAGCAUGUUUUAAAGAAACACUGUUACCCACAGCAAGCUAAGUGUCUUCUCCUGGGGCUACGCCAUCCAUCGGGUUUCACUUAGUAAUACUAAUCACGUUAGCCGGCUGCUUGUAGAGAACUGAAACAAUAAUGUCACGUAAUUGCAUUAAUGCAGUAUUUUAAAUCUAGCAGCCCGAUAUAUUUCACAACAAUAAAUAAAUAUUUGAAACUAAAAUAUUUCAAAGCAAGAUGAGAAAGCAAAUUAAAAAAACCUUAACAUGGAACCAUACACGUAAUCAUAUGUACUGCUUCUACUGUAGUUUGCUGGCGGCAUUUCAAACGUCAACAUUGGCACCAUGACACCACCUGUCUGAUUGAGUUCAGUUUAUUAUAUUCAAAUUGAAUUGAUUUAGAUGUGACCAAUCAUGACCACAUUCAGAAAUGGAUGUCUAACAAAUGAGGAAAAAGUUUGGCAUCAAUUUUUCAACUUCAUCUGUCCUGUGGUUCAAAGUAAAGAGCCCACUUCCUGCUGAUCUUUUUUUUUUUUUAAAUAUUAUUUUUAGUGCCUUUGUUUUUGAACUUGUCUGAUGUUUUUUUUUAGACUACAUGACAUUUUCUUAAAAAAGAAGGUUCAAUUCCACACUGUAGUUUGAAGUUAUGAUUUCUCUGCGUCUGAGGAAACUCGGGGAGCAGCUUUAGCACUGAAUACAAUUAUGUAUUUUUGGUAAAAUAUUUUCACUUUUUAGCUUGCAUGCCUUGUAUGAAGUCAUUAGUGCUGACUAAUGAAUAAUUUGACAUCAGAUUUACCUUGAAUUAAUAGUCGCCACUACUUAUUAUAGAGACGUACUUCUGUGAGAUAAGUUACUGUAUAUGAAUCUGAAAAUGAAGCACAUAACAUCAAACACAUAAACAAUAUUACUAUAUGGAUUUGAGAGUGUUAUUAACCAGUUCUUGUACUGAACUGUUUAUGAACUUGUGCUAAAAAGUGAAAAUGCUUUUACGAAAAAUGUCAUAUUACUUUGAAGGUUGUAAAAUGAUUCUUUUGAUCUAUUUAAUUCACUCUGUGCACAUGGCUGUAUAAUUUAAGUACCGUUGUUGUAUAAUAUUUUAACUGUAUUUAUGUGGUAUGCGUUCUGUGUAAAUUUGCUGACUCCGCAUAACACAUCCGGUGGUCCUCAACUUUUUAUGUGUAUCUAAAGUGGACCUUUCAUUGACCUGUUAACCGCUUUCGUCAUGAGGAAUAAAAACGAGCCAAUGCUGUA